AUGGAGGCGCCGCCGGGGGCCUCUAUGCCACCGCCGCCGACUGUCAUGGAGGUGGAAGAUCCCUCCCAGCAAUCGACCAAAAAAUCCAAAACAACAAAAAGAUCCUUCGCCGACACUGUUGCGGCUCUCCCACCGGGCAUAGAAGAGGCUCCGACCAUCCAGAAUAUCACUGAUUGGGCCUUUGAAGAUCCCGUGUUAGAAUCAGACUCAGAAAUGGAUGAACACGAAUCGACAGAUGGUUUCCCUUGCGUAAAAAUCUCGAAGGAGCUGCGACGGGAGCUCUGCCUACCAUGGAAGAUGGCUUUGAUCGUGAAAUAUUUAGGAAGGGAUAUUAACUACAACGUGUUGAAGCAGCGUCUUCCAGUUAUCUGGGGCCUUCAAGGGAGGAUGGACUUCAUCGACAUCGGCUAUUGGUUCUUCGUAGCGCGCUUCGGUCCUUCGAUUGAUUACAUGCACGUUCUUCUUGAUGGACCGUGGAAAAUCUUCGAUAACUAUCUGGUGAUCCAACGUUGGCAACCGGAGUUCGAUCCCCUCACGGCAAAGCUCUCCAAAAUGGCGGUUUGGGUCCGUAUCCCAAGGCUUGCGGUUGAGUUCUUCCGGGAGGAUGUGAUCAAAAGCGUCCUGGAGAAUGUGGGCAAACCACUUAAACUCGAUCGUACCACGGUGGGAGUUGAGAGAGGUAGAUUCGCCCGGGCGGCGGUGGAAAUCGAUCUCGACAAACCUCUUGUUACACAUGUUUGGGUUCGCAAUAAGCUUAGAGCCGUGGAGUACGAAGGGCUUCACGUGGUAUGUUUCAACUGUGGAACAGUUGGUCAUAGGGAGCAAGCAUGUCCUCACGCCAUUCCGAUUACCCCUGUUCAUGGUGACACGGUGUGCAAUGAACCGCCAGAAGGUGGGAAGGAUGGCGAUACGGCGCAAACCACGGCAACAACUACCACGGCUCCUACUCCACCGGCGCGAAAAUACGGCUCCUGGAUGCUUGUCACCAGAAAGUCCAUGACUCAGGACCGAAACAAGGAUGCCAGACAGACAUCGCAACAAACUACGAACAGAAACGCCUGGAAAAAUUCCUUCGACAUGCAACAUGCAAACGACGAUGAAGGUGGUGAUUCGAUCCCGAGUUCAGGCAAAGAAAAUGUCAACCAAUCUAGACGUGGUAAAGGUAAGUCCCCAGCCUUGGUAAAUGCUAAUAAUAGCAACGCUAAUAAAUCACCACAGGUUCUAAAACCUCGGAGAGUCCAGGUAAUGAGAAACGACAACGGGCUUACUGCCACUGGUCACACCGCUGAUAAGGCGCCCAGUAGGAGACAUCAACGGUCUAUGACACAAGACAACCGGAACAUGGACCUAACACGCGACCCCAACUCCUCUUCUACUACCAACAUCCGGCAGAAACCGGUGCACCAGAAACAAGGGCUUGCUAAUCUGAAUAUUGUUAGUCACUCGUCCCAGGCCAUUCAUGCUAAGUUGAGCCUGGAUCAACAAGACUGCUAUGUCACUUUCUCCUAUGUCAGACCGAAUCUCCUGGCUAGGAGUAGAUUCUGGGAAGAGUGCAAAGCCUUCAGUGCCUCCGUGGACAAGCCUUGGUUAGUUCUCGGGGACUUUAACAAUAUUGCUUCGGUGGAAGAACAAUGGGGUAGUGAGUCGAUUAACACCCAUAACAUCCAGAGAUUUGUCGAUGCAUUUAACAGUUGUGGCCUUAUGGAUCCAGGAGCCACUGGCCCGAGAUUCACCUGGUACCAUUCAGUGGGCAUUAGAAUUAUUCAAAUGCGGCGUCUUGACAGGACCUUCUGGAACAUCAAUGCACAGGUGGCAUUCCCGGAAGCUAAGAUUGUAAACCUCCCUAGACUCCAUUCGGACCAUAACCCCGUGAUGUUUAUCAGUGAAGCGGGUAUACCUCCGGAACGGCAUCUCCGGCCUAAUCGUUUCGAAGCAGCCUGGUUGUCUAGAGUCGACUAUGGCAACAUUUGGAAGGGGGCAAUGCGGGACGGUAGUAGGGAUUUUGAGGACAUGAUCUCGGAAAUCUCCACUAAAAGUAUGCUUUGGAACAAAAAUGAGGAGGCUCACUGGUUUCAGAAGUCUAAGCAAGAUUGGGUUAGAGAUGGGGACAGAAAUACUCGGUUCUACCACAAUGCGGCCUUGAUCAUGAGAAAUAGAAACCGUAUCAAAUUCCUCAAGCUCCAUGGAAUCUGGACUAAUGACACUACAGCUUUGUCUUUACACAUUACUGACUACUUUGCCUCUUUGUUCUGCAGGAAUCCUAGGACAAAUGACAACCCCAUCCUCCCGACACCUGAGGCAUUCAGAAUCUCUAGUACUCAAGCUUCCUACUUAGGCCGGAGAGCUUCAAGGGAGGAAGUUAAGAAAGCCGUGUUUGGGAUGAAGAAAUACGGGAGCCCUGGUCCGGAUGGAAUCCCAGCUGUCUUCUACCAGCACUUCUGGGAUGAAGUGGGCCCGGCGCUGACCAACUUAGUUAACCAAGCGCUUUAUAGUGGGAUUGUACCUAAUUCCCUACUUAAGGCUUUUAUGACUCUCAUCCCUAAAAAAGAAGUACCCGAGACCGCGGCGGACUUUAGGCCUAUUACCCUCCUCAACGUAGCCUUCAAAGUAAUCUCGAAAGCCAUUGUCAACAGGAUGAGGCCGUUAAUGUGUAAGCUCAUUGGCCCCCACCAGAACAGCUUCCUCCCGGGGCGUUCCAUUCUGGAUAAUGUGAUUUUGACCCAAGAGAUUGUUCACACUAUGCAUAGAAAGCAGGGAUCCAAAGGGCUGAUGGUGAUCAAGGUGGAUCUCCACAAAGCUUAUGAUAGUGUGGAUUGGUCCUUUCUUGAACGUACCCUCGCGGGGUUUAACUUCCCUAGGGGCCUCAUUGAUCUUAUUAUGUAUUCCCUUCGUGAGAGCGACAUCUUUAUCCUUUGGAAUGGGGGUCGCCUUUCCUCCUUUAGGCCAGGCCUGGGCUCCGCCAGGGCGACCCCUUAG